GAGCGACUUUGAUGCAGCCCAGUAAGUGCUACAGGGCCAAGAUGCAGGACGAGAUUGUGGGCUCGGACCUCUGGAGCCCGGAGGCGCGGCUGGCGGUGACGGCGCUGGAGGCCGUGGUGGAUGCUUUCGGCAUCACCUCCAUGCUGGAUUGCGCCUGCGGUGAUGCCACCUGGAUGGUGCCUUUCUUCGUGGCGCGGCAGAAGGAGCUCCAGUACCUGGGCGUGGACGUGGUGUCCGAGGUGAUCGAGCGCAACAAGCAGCGGCAUCCGGGGGUUCAGUUCCUGGCGCAGGACCUGUCCGAGAUCCCGCUGCCCACGGGCGCGGAGCUGAUCUUCUCCAAGGAAACGCCCGGGCGCCCGGCGCAUCGGCGCUGA